AUGGCCUCACACACUCAAACCAUGCCCCUUCCCAUCCGCACAAACACAGUUGAUUCGCAAACAUCAUCAUCAUCGGGCCAAAUCUCUCCACCCUACUCCCCAGCAUCACCAGCAUCUCGCAUGGUAACAUCGCCAACCGAAGAGUCCUUCUUCGGCGCCAUCACAGCGCGAAUCCGCGGUCGCUCACGAAGUCGCUCUCGCGGCGCCCCUUCAGACAGGCAACAAAAGUCGCCGCCCGUAGCCAUGCCACCACACUCACGACAUGCAUCUACCGCCAACUCAACCACUUCGCCAGGUCCAGCAUCUCCACCAGGACAGAGCGCCAGACCGACUCUCCAGGAUACAGGCAGGAGAACUACUAGCGGUAGCGAUCCGUGGAGAGGCCGACACUCAAACGACUGGCUUUUCAACGGAUAUUCCGUCACGGCUUCAGCCAAGGACUUUCUCCAACGACGCAAGUAG